AUGUAUCAUAUUCUCUCUUCCCUCCCUCCUCCAUCCGUUCCCUCCAUCUGCAACUGUCCAGCUGGACUAUCAAACUCUUCGUUCGCCUUUUUCUUUUCUUUUCUUCUGUUUAUUUUUAUUUAUUUUUGUUUUAUCUAUGAUUAUGUAACAAAGACCGCUUAUGUAAUCUUCGACGUCAACAAAAGAAAAAAACAACAACAUCGAAAGAAGAAGAAGAAGCUGGAGAUGGAGAUGAUGAAGCCAAUGUUGAAGAAGAUAACAGGCAGAAGUAGCUAG